AUGUCCGUGGUUGAGACUCUUGCCAAGUGGAAAGAGAAUCAGACACAGCUUGACUCUUGUAAUGUUGACACUAAACCCAUCCGUAAAGUUCAAGGUAUUGGGUCCAAGAAAGGAUGCAUGAAAGGAAAGGGAGGGCCUGAGAACACAAAAUGCAAAUACAGAGGAGUUAGACAGAGGACCUGGGGUAAGUGGGUUGCAGAAAUUCGGCAGCCAAAUGGGGGAAAGAAGAUGUGGCUUGGUACUUUUCCAAAUGCACUAGAAGCUGCCCUUGCUUAUGAUAAAGCUGCAAGGACUAUGUACGCUUCUCGCGCUCGCCUCAACUUUCCAGAUUCUUCUACACCUACAACUUCAUCCUGCAUUUCUCCAAUAGAAACUCCACCAGGGUUUGAUUCAACGACUACAUCAAACAACUCUGAGGUCUUUGCAACUAAGGACACCACACAUUUUUCUCCCAAUGUGAUGAAUGAGAAUGGGAGAAGUGAAUUGAGAACUGAUACUCAGCAUUCUGUACUUGCUGCAACUCUAAUGGGGUUUGAAUCCACAACUACAUCAAACCAAUAUGAGUUAUUUGCAGCUGAGGACAUCACAUUUGUUUCUCCCAAUUUGGAGAAUGAGGUUGGAGAAGGAUGGUAG